AUGUGGUCAACACUUAUUUUAGUGUGUUUUGCAGUAGUCUCUGCUGAGCUUCAGGACUUUCAUGGGGAUAAAGUGUUUAGGGUAGUGCCACAAAACACCGAACAUGUGGAACUUCUCAAGAACAUCGCCAGUUAUAUUCAGCUUGACUUCUGGGUCCCAGAUUCACUCACAAGCAUAGAACAAGGGAAACAGGUUGAUUUCCGUGUUGAAAGUGUCGUGUCUUAUGAUGUACAGGCUCUUAUUAGGCACAGUGGGAUGCCCUUACAAAUUCUGAUUGAUGAUGUGCAAUUAGCUGUGGGAAAGCAACAGGAUAGCAACAUCCGAUCUGUCCACAGCUAUGAAAAGUACAACGACCUUGAUACGAUUUAUGCAUGGUCAGCUAACAUCGCCGCUCAGAAUCCAACCCUUGUGUCUCGCUCCCAGAUUGGAACCUCAUUUGAAGGUCGCCCUAUUUAUUUACUUAAGGUUGGAAAAAGUGGAUUAAACAAAAAGGCUAUUUUCAUUGACUGUGGAUUCCAUGCAAGAGAAUGGAUCACUCCUGCUUUCUGUCAGUGGUUUGUGAAAGAGGCUGUGAACUCAUAUGGCUCUGAUGCUCAGUUCACCAAUCUUCUUGACAACUUGGACUUCUAUGUUCUACCAGUUUUGAAUGUGGAUGGAUAUGUUUACACCUGGACAACCAACCGAUUGUGGAGGAAGACCCGUUCCAUCAACAGGAAUGACAAGUGUGUUGGUACUGAUCCAAACAGAAACUUUGCUGCUGCAUGGUGCACUGCUGGAUCUUCCUCAAGCCCUUGCAGCGAUGUGUAUUGUGGUUCUGCUCCUGAAUCUGAAAGUGAAACUAGGGCUCUGGCUGACUUCAUACGAAGCAACCUCUCUUCAAUCAAGGGCUAUCUGACAAUCCAUUCAUAUUCCCAGAUGUUACUCUAUCCAUAUUCAUACCAAAACAUCCUUCCCAAUGAUUACACAGAGCUGGACACCCUUGCCAAAAGUGCAGUUGAGAAACUGGCUUCACUUUAUGGAACCGCAUACACAUAUGGCCCUGGUGGAAAAACAAUCUACCUUUCAUCAGGAUGCUCAGAUGACUGGGCUUAUGACGUAGGUAUAAAAUAUUCAUACACGUUUGAGCUCCGUGACUUGGGAACAUAUGGCUUUUUACUUCCAGAGUCCCAGAUCAAAGAUACCUGUGAAGAAACCAUGUUGGCUGUCAAGCACAUUGCUGACCAUAUUCUCAACAGUGCAUGAUAAAAAAAAAAACACUUUCACUAUUUUCUAAUACUUAAAUCAUAACCAAAAAUGUAAAAAUCAUGGAAUAAUUUAAUCAGUUAUAUUAAUUAUAUGCAUUACUUAUUAAAAAGAGCAUAAAUAUUUUAUCUGCCAGGAAUGAUGUAUAUAUAUUUUAUUGAGAUGUUUGGAAUAAACAGGUGGAAUAAAUAAUGUCCAUACUG